UGGUUUGAGUUUUCGAAGAGUCUGAGCUCGGAGCCUCCGUAUUCCUCCAUCAGGAGGGCCCCUGCAAGCAGCCAACGUACCUUGCCUGAUGCUGGCCCUUCCUGUCAGAGCGCGACACUGGUUUCACCCCUUUGGUUCUGGCACUCCUCAGCGGUUUUGAUCCCACAUGAAUAAGCGCGUUGCAGGCCCGGCGACGAGGCUAAGCACGUUUGCACGCAAACCCCACCUGCCUGCGCAUCUUGCUGCCGCUGCCGGCUCUUCUUGUCCGCUUUUCUCUUCAAUUUACCCGAGUGCCGUGCGCAUUCCCCCCUGGACCAGUGUCUCGCCGUUGUCAACCUCAUUCAGCCGCCACAUAAGGGACGCUUCACCAUCCAGCAUCUAUCAACAUAGGGUAGCAGCAGCGCUGAACACGCGGACAAUGGCUACUGCGGCGCAGGAACAGGCUGCGCUGGUCGAGAAGUCAAAGCGUCUCGCCGCCUACCAGGCCGUCAAGGACUACCUCCUCCCCGAAUACACGAGGAUAGGUAUCGGUUCCGGAAGCACCGUCGUCUACGUGGUCGAGGCGAUUGCCGCUCUCGGCCCCGCCGUCACGUCCAACAUGUCCUUCUACCCGACAGGCUCGCAAUCCGAGGAGCUCAUUGAGGCGGCCGGUUUAAGACUCCAGUACAUCAGCAAGCUGCCGGCAGGACAGCAAUUGGACGUCGCCUUCGACGGUGCUGACGAGGUGGAUGACGACCUGAACCUGAUCAAGGGCGGCGGAGCAUGCCUGUGGCAAGAGAAGAUCGUGGCCACCAGCGCAAAGCGCUUCGUCUGCGUCGCCGACUUCCGCAAGCUUUCCGCCCGCCUGGGCACCACCUGGAAGAAGGGCAUCCCCAUCGAGGUGCUGCCCAUGGCAGCCCCGCGCGUCCUCGACGAGCUCGUCAGGAUGGGCUCACAGAACCCGCGUAUUCGCCCCGGCCUGCCCGGCAAGGCUGGCGCGAUCGUCACGGACAAUGGCAUGUGGAUCAUUGAUGCGCCGUUCGCGCCGCUGCGACUGCCCAAGGAUGUCGAUAGCGCCAACCACACCGACACCGGGAGCGACGGUGUGUGGACCGUCGACGCGCUGGCAGACAGGCUGAUCAAGAUCCCGGGGGUUGCCGAGAUUGGCUUGUUCUACGGCAAGAACGGAUUGGAGGUUGCCAGCGGCGCCCAGAAGCCCGUGGCCGCGUAUUUCGGAAUGGCCGAUGGUUCGGUUGAGGUCAGAACGCGUCCGAUUCGAGGCGACAAGUGAUUGUUUGGGCUCGCCAUCCCUUGCCCUCCCUCGCCGCCCUGCGCCACCACCAACACGGAGAUAUAGAAGUAGACACACGAGCGUUAGAUUUCCGGGAAGGAUAGCCGGAGAGCCACAUCAGCUCUCUGCCCAAGAUUACUUGCUUCGGUGUGCUUCGGGUCUCGCGGAGAACCUAGCUGGACAUUCGCUCUCCGCAGACCCAUGAGUUUGGCCCAGGGGUCUGGCCCGCAGCGGAAGGAUACCCCAU